UGAUCAGCUGCUCCUCCUGGUUCAGAGGAGGAAGUGAAAUGAGAAAACAGAGCUAACAAAGCUAACCCGGAUACCUGCUGUGACCAGACGAAGAAACUGCUUUUAUCCUCGAAUAACAGGCUGUUUGGUAAGCCGCCUUGUGCUUAGGGGGUUCGGCAGGUGCGGGAGGCCGGGCUGCUGUCAUGGUGACCGGGCUGCUGUCAUGUUGACCGGGCCGGUUGGACUCGGAGGCUCCUCUUCCUCUCGGCAGAUGGUCUCGGCUGGUUCCGCCUGAGCCGCUCUCGUCGCUGCUGCUUCACCCGCUGGCUGUUGUUAAACACCCAGCUCCAGAAAUGACACUGCACAGCUCAGGAGGAUCCCAGGACCCUUCACAGGGCUCGGUGGAGCGGGGGGAGCUGGUACACUCAUUAUCCAAAGAGACAGCCGGCUCUCCUGAUGCAUCUGAGUUGGGGAGCCCGAGGUCUACCCAGAACUUUGACCUUUUCAGCAUGGUGGUGUCCUACAAGAGAAUGACUCUGUUUCUAGAGCCAGUUGCAGAUGCUGUGGAACUGACCCGUUUCCUGCUUGGAUGGCGGAUGCCCCUGUGCUCUCUGCUUGUCUGUGUAUUCCUCAAUGUUUUUUUCUGCACUGUAAAUGAAGUGGGCUGGCUCUCAGUGGGUGUUGUCGCAGUGUCCUUGCCUGCUGCCUUCGGUUACCUGCAGGACAGGUGUGCGGGCAGAGCUUCAGAGACAGAGCUGCAGAAGAGGCGUUACCAUGCUGUGCACCGCAGAGACCUGCACACAGUGCAUCUCACCAAACAAGAGGCCAUGCUGGAAGUCAAAGACUUGUUAAAGCGCCUAGAUGACAUGCUGUCAUCAGCCUGUACAUCAGCAGAAGCUGUUUACAAGGUCUUGUACUGGGAUAAUCACACAAAGUCAUCAAGAUUCUAUGGAGUUCUAUUAAUAGUGGUUUGUCUGCUCUACAUUACUCCUGUGGGUUGGGUGCUUGCUGGGCUCAACAGCGCCAUCUUUCUGUGGAAUAGAGACUUCUGCCGAGUUCUAAUGGACCUAAGGAAGCUGUUCCAUAUGGGCCCGGUCCAGGCCUCAGAGGGGCUUUGUGAAGAACAGGAGCAGGGCAACGUGUUGGACAGUACACCCACACCAACUAGUCUGGAGGACUUGUCUCCUGGAAGUGUAGAAGAAGCAGAGGAGGCAGAACCUGAUGAUGAGUUUAAAGAUGCUAUUGAGGAACACUCAGUUUCCUUGCAGGAAACCCCUUUGGUACUAGUGGAGGAUGACGACGGGCCUCUGGGAGCCCCGGAGUAUGACACCAUUUCUGAAAAUGGUCUGUUGAGUCGCAAUGAACCAAUACGCAGUAAGGUGUCCAAGCUGACGGAGAGGCUGCGUAAGCGCUACCCCACCACUAGCACAGGUAACUGUUCAAGCUGCAGUGCUGUCUUCUCAGUCCUGAAGAAAAGGAGAAACUGCAGUAACUGUGGUAACAGCUUCUGUUCGAGAUGCUGUUCAUUUAAGGUGCUGAGAUCUUUCAUGGGGGCAACCGCUCCAGAGGCUCAAAGAGAGACUGUGUUUGUUUGUGCUGCCUGUAAUUGCUCGCUCAUCAAGUUACAGUGAGAUGACAUGUUUGUCUCGUCUCCCAGUGGUCAGUGGAAAGUCAUUCACUGUGUCAUCGUCACCCCCCCCCCCCACCAAAAAAACCUUUGUUAAGACGUUUGCUGUUGACAUACCUCCCAUAUCAAAGUCUUCUUCUUCCAUUUUGCUUUUUUCAGUUGCAGCCCCCUUCCCUUUAACUACUCAUGUUGCUUAUGUGACUUCUACGGUAUUAUGUUACAUAUUUCCCAUCUACAAUCAAGAAGUGGACCUUAUCAGUCAUUGAGACUUACUAUGGAGCAAAAUGACUCUAAAAGUAAAGGACCUUGUUUCCUUCCCCUAUGCUGCACAAGCAUGCAGGGUGGCGGCCAGGAUCAUGGUGGCGUUUGCUAACAGUUUUUAGGAUGCCAGUGGUUUUGGUUUUGCAUGCUUUGCUGAUCUGCAACAUUGAAUCCUCUUGAAUGUUGAUAUCUUCAAACUGCAGCCCAGUGUAGCAGUCUACCUGUCCUGCCCUACUGUAAUAACGCUGAACUAAAGGCUGUUUGGAGGGGUUUGUUAUGAACAAAUUACUGAACAAAAUGAUGGGUCAGUGACCAAAAAUAGCUCUGCGCUAGACGUUGUGCAGACUGCACAGCUGAACUUGUCAAAAUUUUCACACUGUCCACAAAUUCAUUCUCACCAGCUGUUCUACAGUGUCAUGUUGUCAGUUUGUAGUCAGUGCUCAUUUAACAGGUAAAAACUGUCAGAACGCUGUUCAUUGUGUUUAUUUCUUUGUUUAAUCACCUUUUUCUUGCAUUGUGAUGGCAACAUACAACAAUUUGUGGUUCAGUAUAGAUACUAGCACUAGCAUAGUCUGCACUAAGACUAUUUUUAUAGAAACAGUUUUUAAGUAAGAACAGUGGGUUUACCCAUACAAAGUGUUGCCAUCAAUUAUCAAGCUGUAAUUUAACAGGCUAUUGUAACCCUUAAAAGUGCAGGUCUUUCCUUUAGGAGGUGGAGGGGGGUCUGACAGUUUUGACUGGUAGUUCAGAAUCUACUGUAGUAGCAGUAUGUGAUCCUUUAACCUGUGCCUCCGUCAGCUGGUGUGGACAUUAGAAACAGACUUCAAGUCAAUAAAGACACACCGGCAUAUUAGAGUACACACUGGUCUACAUGUUUGAUGGUUCCCAUCAGUCCAUGAGGAUUAGAAGCCUGGGCUGGAAUGAGGCUAUGUGAAAGUUUUGACAGCGCAGUUGUCCAGCUCUACUUACAUAGUUCUUAGUUUUGGUUUUAUCCAUCAUUGGUUCAUCAUGAUGAUUGAGAUGAUAAUCACAUCUUUGAGUAUACAAGCACAAGAGAUUGUGUGCAACAUAUCUAACUGGUUUGAAGUAGACCCAACUGGAUUAAAAACAUCUAAAUGGACUGAGCAGUCACUGAAACAUGGAUCAUGUUGUGAGCAGGGCUUACAGGAAAAGGUUUUGAAGCAGUGAAGCCCAAAACACGAAUCUGGAGGAAAAGUUGUUUUAAUCCUGAUUCAGACACAGAUGAUUGUAAUUGUUUGCUCUGCUUUUAUUGUUAUCAUGUGUAAACUGUUACUGUAAAUUGUUCUACUAUAUAUCUAAUAUAUUUAAUUUAAAAUCCCUGGAAAGUACAAUUUAUUACUUGAUCAGAUCAUUAUUUCUGUGUUUAUUGCCCUUGAUUUUAUGGUUCUUAUAUUCUAUUAUUGAAAUAAACUCUGUGAUGAUUUAA